UGAUAGCUCACAACCAUCCACCAGCCACUCCUCAGUGAGUUAGGACUCACUUCUAAUUCCAACCAGACCAUGGCUGUCACUAUCAAGUUCAUCACAACCUUAAGCCUUCUCUGUGCAAUUUAUCUAUCUUCCUCCAUUGCCGUCGACCCGUGCGCUUCAAAGCCCGACGACUCCGGCCUCACCGUCAUACCCAUUUAUGGCAAGUGCUCGCCCUUCAACCCACCCAAAACAGAAUCUUGGGUUAACACCAUCAUGACCAUGGCCACUAAGGAUCCUGAACGACUCAAGUACUUGUCCACCCUCGUCGAUCAAAAGUCCGUCUCCUCCAUCCCCAUUGCUUCGGGUCAGAACUUCAACAUCGGCAACUACGUGGUCCGGGUCAAACUCGGAUCUCCGGGACAGCUCAUGUUCAUGGUCCUCGACACCAGCAGCAAUGAGGCCUGGGUCCCUUGCUCCGGAUGCACCGGGUGCUCCGCCACCGUGUUCUCUCCCAACGCUUCCACAAGUUACGGGUCGCUGGGUUGCUCUGACCAGCAGUGCAGUUCGGUCCGCGGGCUCUCCUGCCUCCAUACCGGAUCCGCUUGGUGCUCCUUCAACCAAUCCUAUGCGGACUCAACUUUCGCGGCCACGCUCGUGCGUGAUUGUCUCACGUUAGCCGACAAGGUCAUCCCGAAUUAUGCCUUCGGCUGCAUCAACGCCAUCGCCGGCCGGUCAAUUCCGGCCCAAGGUUUACUGGGCUUAGGCCGUGGGCCUCUGUCUUUGCUUUCCCAAACCGGAUAUCUAUACUCGGGCGUGUUCUCCUACUGCCUGCCCAGUUUCAAGUCUUACUACUUCUCCGGGUCACUCAAACUGGGACCCGUGGGACAACCCAGGAACAUUCGGACCACCCCCCUCCUGCAAAACCCCCACCGGCCAUCUCUGUACUAUGUGAACCUUACGGGGGUCAGCGUAGGGCGCGUGUGGGUCCCUCUGCCAAGCGAGCUUCUGGAGUUCAACCCGUACAAAGGAUCCGGAACCAUAAUAGAUUCGGGUACGGUGAUAACCAGGUUCGUUGAGCCGGCAUACAAUGCGAUCAGGGACGAGUUUCGGAAGCAGGUGGGAGGUCCGUUCUCGAGCCUGGGGGCAUUUGACACGUGCUUCGUUAAGACGUACGAGAAUACGGCUCCGGCAAUUACAUUGCAUUUCACAGGCUUGGAUUUGAAGCUGCCGAUGGAGAACACUCUGAUACAUAGCAGUUCAGGUUCCCUGGCUUGCUUGGCUAUGGCGGCAGCACCCAACAACGUUAACUCCGUGUCGAAUGUCAUUGCCAACUACCAGCAGCAAAACGUUAGGAUCUUGUUCGACACCGUGAACAAAAGGGUUGGCAUAGCUCGCGAGCUAUGUAACUAGGCCUUUAUUGUUGCCUUGGAUAUGUCCUGUUUGAUUGGCCCAGAAAGAAUCUCUCCUUGUUUUUGUUUUACUUUUGGGGCAAAACUGCCUUUUCGUAUUAGCCAAUAAGUGCUGGAUGUAAUAUCUCUGUUUAUGAUGAUCGUUACCACAAAGGGGGGCGAUUAUUGUAAAAUAUUAAGAACGUUGUUUUUACUUCC